AGCUCUUAUGCGCAUCGCAUCAUGGCCGUUGGAUGAUGGGGACGUCCGAGGUUCAAGUCCUGGCAGGUUCUAGCUUCCAUGGUCCAGCCACGAUGUUUUUCAUGGCACGCGGCGAGAACUCAUCCCCCAUCGCUCAGCUGCACUCCAAAUGCCGGGCGCGCUCGUCAACGACACAAUUAACUUCCUGGACACAAGUGGAAGAGAGCAGGCUGGUUUUCCGGGCGAUGGAUCAAAAGGAUAUCAUCUCCUAGUGUGUUGCGCAACUUACGUUUGGGUUGAGCGUCUCAGCGGCAGUGCAAGAUCCAUCCUAUCCGGUAAGCUCUUAUUCCGUUUGCUCUCUUCUUGUUUCUUCUCUUCCAGUUGUGAGUUUUCCGAUUAUGUUGACACGGUUGUGAUGAUCGGACAAGCCAGCACUUUCCAAAAGGACAGCACUAUCCAUACUUAUGGAAACAUCGUCUACAUGAAAUGCACAUCUACUAUACGAUCUACAUCUCGGACGUCUGUCCUAAGUCCAUCUACAGGUGGCCAUAGAGACUGGAACCCUCCAAAUACGCUGCGUUCUAGCUGAUAGUCGUCAGCUGCUCUAUACCGAUGGCUUUCCAGAGGCUUGGACAUGCGAGUGAUAGUAAGCAAGAUAAGCAGGGUCUGACCUGAGGUUCUGCUCCGCCUCCACCACAUCCAGCAGCUGAUAUCUCCAGAGGAUCUCAAGGUUUCUAAGCAAUGCACGGCGUUAUUGCUUUCUACAAAGACACCACGAGAAUCCUCGUUAACACUCUUGGAUUUCAAAGUUAUGGAGGCACACGUCUGGGUGGGAUGUUUUGUCAGAAAUCCUGGAGGUCUCGAGUUUUCUUGACUUUUAGUUUUAGGGAAGGUCAGGUAUGGACGUCCAUGAGCAAGAUGAGAUUGCAGUUUCGCAAUGGUAUCAAGAAGCAUGAGCCGCAGGUCUUCGAGAUCAUAACCUUUCCAAAGUUUGGCAUUGGACAGCGUGCGUUUCUCAUCCAGACUCAAGCACAAACUCUCGAUGGAGCGAGGCUUUUGGAGGCGUCCUGGUUUAUACCCACGAAUGAGUGGUUUACCAGCACGAAAAGGUUAAGUUCUACUAUGGGAGGGACUCACGCUUUUAGCCAUUUUGCUGUUGCACAAAUCCUCCACUGGUCUCAUGGAGCUCAAGGGAGAGGUGUUUUAUUCACUGGAGAUAUCUUACAGGUGGGGAUGGACAACAAAACAGUGGGGAUGGACAACAAAACAGUGGGGAUGGACAACAAAAUAGUGAGCAUAAUGAGAUCGUAUCUAAACUAUAUACCACUCUUGUCAAGCCACACUAAUAGGCCAGGUGAUCGAGCCAUGGGAUUUUGGGAGGCUCUACGUUGCGUUUCAGGACAGACAGGAUGA